AUGGCCACCGAGCUCUGCCCCGUUUAUGCUCCCUUCUUCGGUGCGCUGGGCUGCACGUCCGCCAUCGUCUUCACCUGCUUUGGUGCUGCCUAUGACAUUGUCCCCAUUGUCAUGGCGGGUAUCAUUGGUAUCUACGGUCUGGUCGUGUCGGUCCUGGUCGCCAACGACCUGACACAGAAGCUUCCCUUAUACACCGGGUUCAUCCAACUGGGUGCCGGUCUUGCUGUCGGUCUGGCUGGUCUGGCUGCUGGUUUUGCUAUCGGUAUUGUCGGUGAUGCAGGUGUGCGUGGUACUGCCCAGCAACCUCGUCUCUACGUCGGAAUGAUUUUGAUUCUUAUUUUCGCUGAAGUGUUGGGUCUUUACGGACUUAUUGUCGCCCUUCUCAUGAACUCCCGCUCGAAAGCUACCUGCUAA